CUAAAUUUAAAGUCGUCCAAAGAAUCAAAGCCAACAACAUUCUUGGAGCUCUGCGGUCUAGAAAGACUACAAACACUUUGUCAAGUUUCCUGGUCCUAAAGGCGGCGAUGGAUGCCAUAAGGUCGGCUGGAAGAGCUAUCAUUCGAAGUCCAAGUAUAGCGAAACGGUCUUGGAAUUCGGGCAAACAUAAAAAACUUCCUGAGAACUGGACAGACACGAGGGAGACUGUUGUAGAUGGCAUGACCUUUAACAUCCGCCACCUAGGCAUGACCCUGGUGGACCAGCCCAAAGGAGAGGACCUAUCAGCAGCCGCUGUCAAGAGGAUCGUUGCCACGGCCAAAGCGGGAGGUAAGAAGCCUCAGAAGGUGUCUCUGAAGGUUUCUCCUCAGGGUAUUAUGCUGUACGACAGUCUGACCAACCAGCUACUAGACAACGUCUCCAUAUACAGGAUAUCCUACUGCACGGCGGACAAGCUGCACGACAAGGUGUUUGCCUACAUCUCCCAGAACACCCUCAACGGAACACUGGAGUGCCACGCCUACCUCUGCUCCAAGAGGAAAGUGGCCCAGGCAGUGACUCUGACGGUAGCACAGGCCUUUAGAGUGGCCUUUGAGUUCUGGCAGGUUGCCAAAGAAAGUGUUCACCCCAGCUAUUGUCCAGAAGAGAAGCGGGUGAAGUCCGGCUCGGCUGGAGAAGCAACCAGCAGCCUGGCUAGUCUGAAAGGACGAGAUGUUGCCACGGGUAACCUGCUAGACCUGGAGGAACGGACUCAUGUUGCUGUGGUUCUGGAAACCAAUGGCAACGAGGAGUUCCAGGUGGACAACCGCACCGCUCCCGAGAACAUUGAAAACAACAACACUGUCUGGGAAAUUGAGGAAGACUUGGACGUGGCUUUUUCUAGACUGGCGGUGUCCCGUACUAACCCCCAGGUCCUGGACAUUGGGGUGACCCCCCAGGAUUGGCUGACAGAACCUGACUGGGCCAAUGGAAACACGUGCAACCAGAACACAUCGAACAAGAACGCCACCAAAGGAGAUGACUUCUUUGUCUUCUGAUUGACCACUGGAGGGCGACCGAGAGGCACAGCUUUUUGGUUCUUUGGCCCAAUCCCAAAUCAACCCAUAGGCCCUACGCUGGAGCUGUCAUCCUCUCAGGUCUCCACAAGUGCAUAGGACACAGGGUCUAGGAGUCGAUUUGAGAUUGGGCCAUAGAAGAGUUGAAGAGUUCCAUUCCAAACCGAUCCCUUGCCUCUGUCCUUAUUCCCUAGUUGACUCCCUCCCCCUUAUAGAUCUGAAAGGACUGCAUAGGUUGAGAGCUUUGGCUGAGAUUAUGUCAUAUUGCUUAAGUUUCAUCCAAGUUUUUAUAGAUCUACAUGGGGCCGCCAGGAAGAGUCUAUGGGUAGAGGCUAGGGAUUUGAUUUGGGACCCCCCCCACACACACACACACACACACACACACACACACACA